AUGCCUUCUCCCAACUCACUCCGAGUUGCAGCGGCCCAGAUGACCUCCGUCAGCGACCUCGCCGCCAAUUUCGCCACCUGCUCUCGCCUCGUCAAAGAAGCAGCUUCGGCUGGAGCCAAAUUGCUUUGCUUUCCUGAGGCCUUCUCUUAUGUGGGUACCAAGGAUGGGGACAGUGUUAGUGUUGCUCAACCAUUGGAUGGACCAAUUAUGAACCAGUACCGCUCUUUGGCCAGAGAAUCCAGCAUUUGGUUGUCGCUUGGAGGCUUUCAAGAAAAAGGAUCUGAUCCUCAACACUUGUGUAAUACCCACGUUAUAGUAGAUGACACCGGGAAAAUUAGAAGCUCUUAUAGAAAGAUACACCUGUUUGAUGUUGAUGUUCCUGGUGGACGGGUAUAUAAAGAAAGUAGUUUUACAGAACCAGGCGAGGAUAUUGUUGCAGUAGACAGUCCUAUUGGGCGUCUGGGCCUCAGUGUUUGCUAUGAUUUGAGAUUUCCUGAGAUAUACCAAUUGUUACGUUUCCAACAUGAAGCACAGGUACUAUUGGUACCUUCGGCAUUCACUGCAGUGACAGGUGCAGCACAUUGGGAGAUUCUCCUUCGUGCUCGUGCAAUUGAGACUCAAUGUUAUGUCAUUGCUGCUGCUCAAACUGGCAAACAUGGUGACAAGAGAGAAAGCUAUGGUGACUCAUUAAUUAUCGACCCAUGGGGGACAAUUGUUGGCCGAUUACCAGAUCGUUUGUCUACAGGCAUUGUAGUAGCUGAUAUUGAUUUAUCAUUUGUUGAUUCAGUCAGAGAGAAAAUGCCAAUUGCCAAGCAAAGGAUGCCAAUUGACUUCUGGAAAGCUGCAUCUCUAUAG